AUGCUGUUCUCCUGCUCGGAACGACAUUACGGAAUCGGAACGACUGGAUCAGGACAUUGCGUACUGCAAAUGGCCUCUGCUAUGAUCUUCAAUGAAGCCAGAAGAGAUUAUCCAAUCACUAUUCUUCUUGAUUCAGGAGCUGACAAGCUUCACAAAGGCAGAGACGAGAAACAGAUUGAGGCUGCCAACGAUAAGUUUCACAUCAUUCACCACAACAGGAAUGGGCGAGCUUCAAAGCCUUCAAAUCGAACAAAGUGA